GUGCUUGUUGUUGUGUUGUCGUUCCACCAUUUCCACCUCACCCCUUGUUGCUGUUGUUGGCACUGUUGUUGUUGUUGUUCUCCUCUCCGUUCCCUUCGUCAUCCUCUCCUCCAACACGCAUCGCACUCAAACACACGCGCGUCGUUUAGUGUUGGCACCUCUUCGCUUACGCACUGACUUGUUCCUUUUUGCCGUCGCCUUUGGAGUUGCCGUUAGCUUGGCUUGAUUGGAGGCCUAGUGAACCAGCUGUCACAUACCCGUCGCCCAGCACAGGCGGGAUGGCAGAGAAUUUGGUGACGCAAGUCGACCAAAAUGGACAAACAACGCCCAUCAUCCCUGUUGAUGAGGAUGAGGAUAGCCAGCAGUCGACGUCCUGCUUCUGCGGGUUUCUCUUUUCGCGCUGCAGAAGAAAACGCCACAAUGCACCAGAGGCACCGAGGCCAAUGGUGACCUGGCAGCCGCCCGUGCACCGGGAUCCUGGCCACAACUUGCUGCCGGAGCCCGGGAGUCCGCACACGAACAGGAAAUGCUUAGUGCUGGACUUGGACGAGACCCUCGUGCACAGCUCAUUCAAGCCCGUGGACAAUGCUGACUUUGUGAUUCCGAUUGAGAUUGACGGGAUUCAGCACCGCGUGUAUGUGCUGAAGCGCCCGCACGUGGACGAAUUUCUUCGUGUCGUGGGCGGUCUCUUCGAGGUUGUCCUCUUCACCGCCAGCCUCUCAAAGUAUGCGGACCCCGUGGCGGACCUGCUUGAUCCCGGGAGCGCCAUCGCCCACCGCCUGUUCCGCGAGCACUGCGUCAUGUCCCACGGCGUCUUCAUCAAGGACCUGUCACGGCUUGGGCGGAACGUGGACGAGACGAUCAUUGUGGACAAUGCGCCUGCGUCGUACGCGUACCACCCGAACAACGCGGUGGCCAUACAGACGUGGAUCGACGACCCGACGGACACCGCGCUCAGAGACCUCAUCCCCUUUUUCGAGGAGGUGGCUGAGGCCGACGAUAUUUACUCGCUCCUGCGCACCCUCACCUUCUAGUGGCUGGGGAGGAGAGGGGGAUGUGGUAGCGUUGGGGUUGUUGCUGCAGCAACCUUUCGUGUGUGUGUGUGUGUCUGUCUGUGUCUGUCUGUGUGUGUGUGUCUGUCUGUUUCUUUGU